GCGCGCGCGCGUCAUCAUUGGUCGUGCAAAACGGCGCACAAAGCGCAUAAUUUCGCAGACUCCACGCGAAAGAUCCGUGUCGGCCUCGGGUUGAUCUACCCAGUCAUCGUCAUCAAACGUCGUCGACAUCAACGGAACGCGACUUCGUCCCCUAAGAAAUGACGACGUGCGCGGCGACAAAGAGAUCGAAUUGCGUGCGUGCAUACUGAAGCAGAUACACAGCCUAUUAAAAGGCAACUAGAGUGUGUGAGAGAGAGAGAGAGAGAGAGAGAGAGAGAGAGAGAGAGAGAGAGAGACAAUAUUGUCGAGUGACAAAUAGGUACAUAGUGACAUAUAGGUGGACAGGUGACCCCAUCAGGGUGAAGGGGUGUGUUGCUCUUCGACCAACAGCUGUAGCUGUGGCUCCGUUUUUCUCCGUCUCGCGAUUCGAUCCUACACAUUCCAUCUCUCUUCUACGCCCCAUUCUUUCCCCUUCCCUCCGCCGUAGACGGCGGUGGUGGCGGCGGCAGCAGCAGCAGCAACAGCAGCUGAGAAGAUUCUCGGCGGGGCGCACGUCGUCGUCGCGCCGCGUCGCGUCGCGUCGCGUCGUAUCGCGUCGUGUCGCGUCGCACUCGCCCUAGAAGCUGUCACGCGCGCUAUUAAUAUACCCUCCGUGGCGCACAGCAGUCGUCCACGAGCGUCUUUCGAGCGCGGACGGUAGCGGGGGAGUAUCUGUGCCAUGCACGGCGAAUAGAAGCCGUGUAGGACGAAGCGAAUCAGCGGAGAAGAGACGCUCGCACCGGGAAACGUAUCGUCCACGCCGCCAAGGAAAUUAGGUGACAGAGAGAGAGAGAGAGAGAGAGAGAGGGGGGGCUCGUGCACGCUGGAUGUCGUGGAGCGCCGUCGACGCCGCCGACGACUGAUACUACGACGACGACGUCGAGCGACGUGCACGCGAUCCGAUGAUGCAUCCCGAUCCGGAGAUGAUGGAGCGACUCUGGGCGUGGGAUCGAGUCCUGGCCGGUCGCCGGGUCAUGGAACGUGUCAUGGAAUGGAUUUUCUUGGAUGUAUGGUGCUGGAUGUAUCGGCGAGCAAUGGGAAUCGAACGUGAGAACAUCGAUGGCAACGCAGUGGCGUCAUCGUCGCUGUCUCAGGAGACGUCCGCGUCGUCGGGCGGUCCGUCCACCGAUCCAGCAUCCGUGGGGUGCAAGAGCGAGGUGUGCCGGUAUAUCGCCGCCGGCGAAAAGACGCUGCUCUGGGAGAACAGCGCCUUUUUCGUCAACCUCUACCUCUUCAUCGUGCUCAUCGCGACAUUCUGGAUCUAUACUUUAAUGGGAAUGACGUCACCAUUAUUUCCAUAUAAACUUGUCGCCGUGUAUUGUAUUAGCCAAUUGAUAAUCGCUUACAAAUUCAUGGACACCUUGGCCCCUGCAGUGGAGCAAAGGGAGUGCUGUGGACUUCACUGGGUAUGGCAGACCUUGAAGAAGUUGCGGAGCGAAAAACCAGGAUUGCAUUGCAUCGUCCUUUGUCUCGUGGCCUUCUUCCUAUGGUUCCUCGACCACGUCCAUACAUCAACCCUUUGCUUCAUGUACUACGGCAUGUUACUGGCAUGUAUGCUACUGCGAUUUCCCCUAAAACUGUUUGACAAAGCACGGGAGUACCUCUUGUCACACAAAGACUGGCAAUGUGACAGUGAAAUCGAGGAUGAGUUUUUACCUGUGGUAACAGAGGCGAGUCUGCUGGUAUUAACUCGAGUGGGGGAGACGGGCGAUCAUUCGCCAACACCGACGAGUGUGCAAUCGGACACUCAGAAUGAUUCUUUUUAUGACGAAGAUUUCAUAGAGGGCCUCCAGGAGAUAGCAUUCAAUAUGCCCUCCCAUGGAGAGGGUAGCACCGACGGUGUCGAACUAUCGGAACUGGAGCUCAGCGUCGGCGAGAACGACGCCGAAGAGGACGGUAUAAAGUUUCAGAGCGGUCAUUUCGAGAAGAGUUCCUCGUCCUCUUCCGAGGAGGAAGUCUUCGACGCGAAGAAAAUCGUGGCCAGCAGCGAUGAGAGCAACGGCGAUAGCGACUUUGAGAUAAUCGACAAGGAGGAAAUAGCAAAGAUAGAAAUGUGAUGAAAUUCGAUCGAGGUGCAAAAAAAUAUGGAGAGAUUAUCACGCGCGACAUUACGUUAUGAUGUAAAACUGAAAGAAAAUCAUCUCUGAUCUCUGUAACCGACCGCGAACGAGAUAAAAAAUUUAAUCCAGCAACGAUAAUCAAUAGCAACUUCGCUUGAAGUACAAUUGUCUCAACCGAAUGUGAUGGUAAAUUGAGAUAAAGAAAAUAAUAUAUUAUUUAAGUACAUAAUUGUCUCUCGAUCGCAACGUUGUACUCGCGCGCGUACAAAGUAUCGAUCUUGGUCGAAGAUGCGAAGAAAGCAAAAUUUAUUUAUUUAGACAAAUUCAGUCGAACGCCCGUAUCUUUUGUUCUCUACGCAUCUAGUCUUGCGCUACUCUCUCAUUGUAAGAAAAGUAACGAAGAGUAGAAAGGCGGGGACUUAAAGAAUAAGGGAA